AUACUUUGUUACUGGUAUCGUGUAAGUAAGCCUAAUAAUCAGAAUCUGUUUGCUUUUGUAUGUGAGUUUCACUGACCUAAUGACUACUAAACCGUAAAGACAGUACAUCUGAACAAGAAUGUCCUAAACAAUAAAUACUCACUGCAAACCAUUCUGUAAAGUCGAUAAUGACUAAUUCCGACUUUUUUCUUUGUCCCAAGCAAAAUAUAUUGAAAAAGUAGUUGGGAUAACAACGCAAGUAAAAAAUUAUCUAUCAGUUUUACGAAGAUCAUCUCCAUGUAUCCCUAACAGUUAAUAAACGACAAUCACAACGUACAGAGUAAUAGUGGACAAGGACAGUUUAAAUGAUACCUGGCUGAGCUCAACGGCUCCUUCAGUAUUUGAUUUUGUACCCUCAUUCUGGUAAGGCACUUUUCCCAUUCCCUGCAGGAUGAAUAACAUUAUUAAGAUCGGCUUACUGUGUACAAAAUCAAUAGUAAUGGUCUACGUACGAAAAAAGCAAGAUAGAAAGAACAGUCAUUAAUUCUUAUGGAUUUGUACCAAAGAUCUAUAUGCGAUAAACUGAAAUCUUCUGGCUGGGACUACAUUAAAUGGUAUGCAGAUGCAACAAAAUUAAUGCCCGAUUAUACAGGUGCUUUGAUUUUAGCAGCACAACAGUGUUCAAAUGUUGAUGUUGUAAUCAAAUUAAAAGUGGCUGUUAUUCUAAUGAUACCUUUGAUAGAUUAUUCUAAAAGAACAUUAAACUUCUUAAAUCUACACAAUAUAAUCAGCACUGUUGAACAAAAACGUGAUGAUUUUUUAAAAGAACUUUAUCAUGAAUACAAACCAUUUCCGAAUUGCGACGUGUAUGAUUGUAAAACAACUUCAUUCAGUGUAAAAUUAGGUUGUUAUGAAAGCGAUGGAAUGUUUAUAUUAAUGAAUGCUUCCUCUGGUCUUUCGUCCGGUUUUUAA